AUGCCGUUCAAGUUGUCCGUCUAUGAAACAGAUGCAAGCGGAAGUCCGGCGGGCCUGUCGAGCAACACGGUGCUACCGUACUGGGCCAAUAAACUGUCAUCGUGUCUUGCUGUGAAUAUGAUAGACAACAGGCUCACGUUAACCACUGAUGGCAACCUUAGCGUUAUCCACGAAGGCGCCAAAUGGAUCAUACCAGAAACGAAGUACUGCUUGGAGUAUUACUCCAAGGACGGGACACUGGAGUCCGCCGAUCUGGUGGCAGUCGUGUGCUCAGAUGCCAAACCACCGGUCAGUUUCCUCUUUUGGGUUAAAACCCUGUCUGUCGUGUGUCUGGUGCUCACGCUGAUCGUGUACGCCACACUGCCUCACCUCCGGAAUGCCCACGGCUACUACGUCAUGUUCUACAUGGCCUGCCACCUCGUGUACUUGGUCUGCAUAAUGAUAUAUUCAUUGGUACACGAAGAUGUAAACAGCCCGUUGUGCAUUCUAUUCGGUUAUUUUAUGUUAUUUGCAACUCUGACAACAUGUUGCUGGUUAAACGUAAUAUGCUUCGAUAUUUACUGUAUGUUAAGGUAUGUAAAUUAUAUUCUUACAUAA